AAAUCGCAAAUCCACAAAAAGGAGUUUCAUUAAAGAAAACUACACCAAACACACCAUGGUCUACUGUGGUCCAAACAGUUCUUUAACGACAGCAACAUAACACAACUGAAUCGAAGAACGGUAUGGUGAAAAUGGAAUCCACAGAAGAACAGGACAGAAAGUUGGUACUGGAGUUUAUACAUUUGCUGGAAAAGUCCAAACAAUUGUUCAAUGGUCUAAGAGAUUUACCCCAGUAUGGACAUCGACAAUGGCAGGCCUAUUUUGGACGGACCUUCGAUGUCUACACGAAACUAUGGAAAUUCCAGCAACAGCAUCGCAUGGUAUUGGAUUCGAAAUAUGGUUUGAAGCGGUGGCAAAUUGGUGAAAUUGCAAGUAAAAUUGGACAGCUUUACUACCAUUACUAUUUAAGAACCAGUGAAACGAAUUACCUGAAUGAAGCGUAUCAAUUUUAUGCAGCUAUUAGAGGUAGAGCCUAUUAUUCGAGAGCGAUCAAGGAGGAUCGUCCCGAUUUGAUGGUGAAAAAGCUGCGCUAUUAUGCUCGAUUUAUUGUGGUUUGUUUGUUAUUGAAGAAAAUGAAAUUGGUGCGAGAAUUGGUUACCGAAUUGGAAAAACAAAUACAGGAAUAUACCACCACUUAUGAACCUGAAGACCAUUUAGAAUGGUCAUUAGUUUUGGAAGAGAUUAAGGGUUUUAUUAAAGCCGAAGCUGCCGUGGCCGUUCUUCAUGCGGAUUCCAAUCCCAUCGUACUAUCACACAGUGGUUCCGGUUCUAGGUUGUCGCCGCUAACAACACCGCCAUGCGAAAGAUCACCGCACAUGACGCUGAGCCUGCAGGAGAUAUUGAUUGUGGGCUCGGCAUGCGAGCAGGCCAAAUUUUCCGAAUUAACAAUGGAUAUGUUUAGAAUGUUACAAACGUUAGAAAGGGAACCAACCGAAACCACACAUCCUAUGAGUGUUUCACAUGGCAUGCAUGGACACGACGCCAGUCCUGCGGCCAGUCGUAUACCGCCAUAUGGUGUUCCAGGUUCCAAGGGCUAUAUGGAGAAUAGCCGCCAUUAUCGUGACAAUCCUCAUAAGUAUUUAUUGUAUAAGCCUUCGAUUAGCCAGCUUCUGGUGUUUUUAGCUAGCGGUUUUAAAGAAUUGCCUCCGGGAGGCGCCUUACUCUUAUACAUGUCAGCAGAUGGUUGUUUUUCAACCACCAAACAUCCCGAAGAUUAUGGCUACGAAUUAGGUGGCCUGGCCACAAGUGUUAAACGUGAUGGUGUUGAUGGCGGCGGUUUGGCGUGUCGAGGGAAAUCGUACAAGGAAACCCAUUGCCUGUAUCCCGGAGAUUUGUAUCCUUUCACGCGAAGACCCAUGUUCAUUAUCAUAGAUUCGGAUAAUUCGUUUGUUUUUCAACAUAUACCCCGUUAUUUUGGCCAACCAUUGGUUGUGCUCAUGUCACCUCAGGAUGUACCACCAGCAUUUCAGGCUGAAGUCCAACACCAUGGCUCCUUGUUUACUUUGUUCCUGCACUCCCCACUCACCGCUUUGUGUUAUAUCUGUAAUGUCGGCGAUGUGCCCAUCCAUCACUGGGAACGCUGUCAAUCGUAUGUGGAUCAUUUUAUAACAGAAGCUUCCCGUUUAGUAACACGCUGUCGCAUAGAUGAAAUUGACCAAGGAUAUAUAGAUUCAUCGUAUGUGCAAUUCUUUGGCGACGAUUUUCUCCGCACCCUCAUUCUACGCUUUGUGUUCUGUGAUGUUGUAUUGAGACUGCAUCGUGGUUUCCGGGGACGACAUAUGAGACCACGCUGUGAACCACCAUUGCCAUCCAAUGAACUGUUAGAGCAUCCAACAUUGUCGCAUAUUAUAUUCCAGCUGGCAACGGCGCUCGAUGUGCGCGGUCACUUUUCCGAUGGACCCGAAUGCGACUGAUGAUCUACUGAGUAUUCGCCUAAAUUAAGUCUAGUCAUAAUUUUAAGCAUUUCUUUGCAACAAUUUAUUAUUAUUCGAAUAAUUCUUAUAA